UCGUACUUCGUUGAUCGUUCAAUCAGUCUGCUUGUAACAUUUAUCUGAGGCGGUCGGUGUGUUCGUAUUGUUUUUUUAAAACGCGUUUCGUUGUGAAGUAAUUGUGUUUUGUAUAAAAGUGCAUGAUGGCUUACAACGGCGGUGGUGCCAAAAGACUGUGUACAGGGACUGAUCUGGAUGUUGAAAGGAGUAAUGGCAACAACUAUAUGUCAGCAGAGCCUAGACGUAAGAGAGAGCCUCCGGCAAGACCUAAUCACAUCCUGCUGUACACCAUCAUCAAUCCAGCAUAUCCUAUCACUGUGGAUGUCGUACACACAAUCAGCACACCGCACGGACAAGUACAGAGAAUCGUUGUGUUCAAGAAGAAUGGAGUGCAGGCGAUGGUUGAGUUUGAGAGCGUGGAGUCUGCGACACGAGCCAAGGAUGCACUGCAUGGCUGCGAUAUAUACUCUGGAUGCUGCACACUAAAGAUUGAAUAUGCUAAGCCUGAAAGACUGAAUGUGUUCAAAAACGACCAAGAUAGCUGGGACUAUACGCUGUCGGAUGAAGGACAACCACAACAGCGCAGCGCACCUCUGUUGCAGUCACCACAAUACACUGGCGGCAGACCACAACCCUAUAAUGCAAGUACCGUCAACCAUGCGCCUGCGACGCGAGCCUGCAGUGAAGACUCUUGCAGUCAGCACAGUCAGCAUAGUGAUGCACAGAACGACAUGGACUUUAGCAGUGGCGGUCCACCCCCGGGUAUGAUGAAAGAUAGACAUGGACCACCGCCUCCUCAUCAUCCGCGUGACGGUCGUGGUCCCUAUGGCCCCGAAGGCUAUGGCGGAGAAGGUUUCGUUCCGCCUCCACCAAUGCAUCAUCCUCCCAUGCCACCACAAAAUCAGGGUGGUCCACCACAGCAAGGCGGCGUGAUGAUGGUAUAUGGACUAGAUCCGACUACAGCCAACGCAGACAGAUUGUUUAAUCUAUGCUGCCUCUAUGGAAAUGUUGUUAGGAUAAAGUUCUUGAAGACAAAGGAGGGUACUGCAAUGGUUCAAAUGGGUGAUCCCGUCUCGGUGGAACGAUGUGUCCAGAACCUCAAUAAUGUAACAGUUGGAGAUUACACGCUAACACUCGCGUUCUCAAAGCAGGCAUAUCUAUCCGAGGUGAUGAACCCCUACCCACUGCACGACAAAUCUCCAUCAUUCAAGGAUUAUGUGAGCAACAAAAACAAUCGAUUCCUCACACCGGCUUCCAUACACAAGAAUAGGAUACAGCCGCCUUCUAAGGUGGUGCAUUUCUUCAACACUCCCCCAGAUGUGUCGGAGGAACAGCUGCUAGCAGUAUUCACAGACUAUGGAGUCACGGCCCCACACACUAUCUCGAAGUUUCCGCUUAAGAGCGAAAGGUCAUCAUCAGGACUGAUGGAGUUUCAGAACAUAUCGCAGUCUGUGAUGGCCAUCAUGGCUUGUAACCACGCUACCAUCAACCACCCAGGUGCGAAAUUCCCGUUCGUUAUGAAACUGUGUUUCUCGUCGUCGCGACAGAUCGGCCAGGGCAAAGGCCAGAACCAGAAUAAGAACCACAACCUGAAACAGGAGGAGAGCCAGAGACAAGGCCAGAAUAAUGGAAUCGAACACGAUUACUAGUAGAUGUAAAUGUACAAUCAAGUACUCGAGUGUCAUGUAAAAAUAGAUUAACGCGGUGUAAAUGUAAUUGUAAGUACAUAUGUAUUUAUUUGAAUAUAAUAAAUCGCCCAAAUUCUACUUUUAUAGCUAUGUCACCCUGUUCUCCCAUCCAUAAGUCUAUAUGCUUCGUAUAUAUCCGAUAAUAAUAAAUGUGAUUUUUUAAAUUUAAACUUCCUUAAGACAAGAGAAUGACAUAUCUUUGUGAUUAUAUCCAUAACUUUGAAUGGAUCGCGUCAAUUGGUAUCUAUAGCUACGCUAAACCUAAGUAAAUAAUUUAAGUGUACAGUCGCGCACAAAAUGUCACGUAUUUUAUGAAAGCAUCGCUUUUAGGCUUUUAAUAGAUUUGUACUUACGCUACUUUUUGUAGUUUAAUAUAAAAAUUAUAGAUAUGAUGUUUUGUACGCGACGGUACGAGCUUUCCCCGUCUGUCAGGUGUCAAUUUGUAGAUGGCGUUGUGGGAAUGUCAUGUGCGAAUAUAGCUUUGUGGGCACCUACAUAUCAAGAAGACAAAUAAGUUUUAGAUUUAAUAUAAAUUUUAAAUUUAUAGGUAUGGGAAUUCUACGAUGUCUAUUAUCCAGAGUUUAGUGUUUUGUUUCGUUAUUUUAUGUUAUACAGCUUCUCUCCUACAUUUUUCUGUCUACAUAUAUGUCGAAAAACAUGUCAUACUGUAUUAUGUUUGCAGUCUAUAAAUAACUCGGUUCCUGUUAGUUCUUAAAUGGCUUAAGUAAAUUUGUUUUGUUUUUUAUUAUUAUUAUUUAUACAAUGGAUAUUUAACCAUAUUUUGCCAAGCAUUUACUUCCGUUAUGAAUCUCUCGAGGCAAAACCUAAUUCCAAAAGUACUUGUUAAAAACCUUCGUGACUAAUUAUUAUGAUAAUGUUUUUCGACAUAGAUCUCUAGUAAUAAUACAUGCAUACUGACAUAAACGUAUUUGCUUCUAGUUAAAUGGCGACGUGGCGGCACACAAACACACAUAUCAAGGCGGACGGCUACACACACACACACAGCCACAUCACUACGAGUGCGGGGGUCAAGGGGGAAAAGGGGGUUGCCAGUGUUCAAUAUUACGAUACACUUGAAGUUUUAUGAAACAUUAUGGUAUAAAACCUCGUUUUACCAUCUGGGAUCUUGAAAUAUAUUUUUACCCACACGAGGGAAAAUAUUUUACAGUGGCAACAUUAUUAUUCCUUAACUUGUGAUUUAGAUCACUGAUAUAAAGACAUUAACAUUUAGUUAAUUAUUGACACAAUAACAAAACCUUUUUCAUGUUAACACAUUUUCUACAUUUCCAUGUUUUUUUUUUCUAUUUUACCGGGUGGUUUCAUGCAUUCGCAUUUUAUUUUGUAUAAGUAGCGGUUUAGGUGUUGUAAGCAUUAUUCCCUUAUAUUUGAAGUAUAUUAGAUUUUAGUUUUGUCUGCGAUCCGCCAUUUUGGAUAGUAAAAGUGGCGGCGACUUUUUCCUUUGUAGUGACUGUAUUAGAUAUAGCUCAUUUUUAUUUUAUUCGUAGAUAUUUUGUUACAUUAUUUCUCCGUGUUAAAAUAUGUCUGUGCGUAUCUAUAUGAUUCUGGUUGUUCAUGAUUGACAGUUGUGAAUUGUACAAGAAAUAUAAUAUAUCGUUUGUAAGGUAGAG